AUGGAGGAAGUCACUAUGGAGGAGGUGAACUUACUGUCUAAAACCGAAGACGGCAUCGAAUGUUCGAAUGGUACCGACUUUGCAGUCCGCCACAAGCACUCUGCCCGUAGGAAAGGGUCUUCUCGAGACAGGGUCGCCAGAAUAUGCAGGCUGGCCCUCCUGCCAACCAUCAUCGGCGUGAGCAUGUUCCUCGUCGGGAGGAUGACCCACGAGAUGCCAAUGCCGUUCACCUCCCCGUCGGAGCCCGUAUCCCUUGGCCUUUGCUCCCCGGACUGGCACGAAUCCAAGAGGCGCGGGUGUGUGUACGACUUCAUCCUGUCGACUUGGAUGCACCCCCGGUGCUUUGACAAGGAGAUGCACGAGACCUACCUCGACCUUCUCCAGCGGAAGAACACUACCUUCUGGUACGAGAAGCAGAGAGUCAACGAGGUCCCGUGGGAAGUGGCCGUGUCGGGGGAGCACCCGCAGAUCUUCAGCGACGGCAAGGUGCACCACCUCCACUGCAGCUAUGUCUUGGACCGGGCUAUACAUCUUUCCAGGAGGACGCCAAUGAUCCUCGACAGCCUUUCGAGGAAGGAGGAACACAUACAGCACUGUUUGGUAUACAACGGCAUCCCGUUCUCCUGGGAGAUCGACUCGCCAAAUGUGACGAGAGUUUAUAAUGAGCCUUUCGAGGUGGAUUGUCUGGUUGGAUGA